AAAUAGGGCCCUUAAGGGUUCCGGAUAUCUGUGGUGACAUUUUCUGUCUGCUGCAGCAGCAUGUGGCAGCUACUACUACCAACAGCUCUGGUACUUACAGCUUUCUCUGGCAUUCGAGCUGGUCUCCAAAAGGCUGUGGUGAACCUAGACCCCAAGUGGGUCAGGGUGCUUGAGGAAGACAGCGUGACCCUCAGAUGCCAGGGCACCUUCUCCCCCGAGGACAGUUCUACCAAGUGGUUCCAUAACGAAAGCCUCAUCCCACACCAGGAUGCCAACUAUGUCAUCCAAAGUGCCAGAGUUAAGGACAGUGGAAUGUACAGGUGCCAGACAGCCCUCUCCACGCUCAGUGACCCAGUGCAGCUAGAGGUCCAUAUGGGCUGGCUAUUGCUUCAGACCACUAAGUGGUGGUUCCAGGAGGGGGACCCCAUUCAUCUGAGAUGCCACAGCUGGCAAAACAGACCUGUACGGAAGGUCACCUAUUUACAGGACGGCAAAGGCAAGAAGUAUUUCCAUGAAAAUUCUGAAUUACUCAUUCCAAAAGCUACACACAAUGACAGUGGCUCCUACUUCUGCAGAGGGCUCAUUGGACACAACAACAAAUCUUCAGCAUCUAUUCGUAUAAGCCUAGGCGAUCCAGGGUCUGCAUCCACUUUUCCACCGUGGCAUCAAAUCACAUUCUGCCUGCUGAUAGGACUCUUGUUUGCAAUAGACACAGUGCUGUAUUUCUCUGUGCAGAGGGGUCUUCAAAGUCCUGUGGCUGACUAUGAGGAACCCAAGAUUCAAUGGAGCAAGGAACCUCAGGACAAGUGAGCUCUUAUCUCAUGGGAUGAUAAGAGCAAUGGUGUAGAGCCCAUGAGCCUCCCUGGGAGCUUGCAACCUCACCAGCUGCAUCGGUCACCAUGCUUUGAGCAGCAGACAUAAUACAAAGGCCCCUUCCCCAACUGUUUGUUUGUUUGUUUGUUUGUUUGUUUGGUGUUGUGUGUUCAUUUGUUUGUUUGUCUCUCUCCAAUGGGCUAUCUCAGGGGAAACAGAAAGCCUGGGGUCUCCAAGGACCAACAGUGAUGCAGCAAUGCGCACGCAGCUGCCCUCCCAAGCAGCAAUUCUUCCGAAUUUUACACUUUCUCUGCCCCAAACAUUCCAUCAGAGCAAAGCAGCAGCCUGGACUCUGGGUGGCGAUCCUUUCUGUGCUUAACCAUCGCUCCUAAAUAAACUUCUGUCGAAAAGGGAAUGGC